AUUUUCGCGAGCUCUGAUUUGCGUGAUUUUUUCAAGCAAUAAUUCAACAUCCGAGCGACAAACAAUCUCCAAUAUGUGGCCCACUUGGGACGGAAUAGAUUGACCUUUGUUCCGCGAGGCUAGUGUUGUGUUUCGGCAAGCAAAUUGGUAAACGAAAAAGGUGUUGCUCGGCCCGCACUGAUCAGCAGCGAUUUUCUGCCAGCCGUGUAAGAAGAGAAAAAAUCAAAAUGGUUGUAUCGAAGGAUGGUAAGCGACGGAGGAAAGUUGGAUCGGCAGUGACCGCCGGCGCCGCCGCUGGUGCUAACAGCAGCUCGAACAACGCCGUCAAUAGUAGCGCAUCCGCCGGAUCGUCCUCCGGAAAUGCGUCACGUGGGGCAGGCGCCAGUACCGUGGGCAGCAGCACCGCAGCAUCCAAUUCGGCUGCAAGGGAAUCACCCGAAAGAGAUCUUUCGCCACCGGAAGUUCCAAAGCGACCCAAAGUGCAAGCCCAGCGCAAGUUUGCCCAAGGCCAAGGCGCAUCGACCUCGGCCUACCUUAAUUUCACCACCAAUCCACAAAAUCCAGCGAAAGACGUGCAAAACCGAACCCAGAACGCGUCCGAUACUGAUCCGAUCCCCGAGCUGCUGCCCAACAUGCGCCCAAAUACGGAGGAUUUUCUUACAUUCCUUUGUUUCCGAGGUACUCCGGUACUGCCGCCAAGCUUGGACUUUUUCAACACUCAAGCCACGGCAGCCUCUGGCUCGGGCAGACAAAUUGCAUCGUCAUCGUCUGCUUCUAGUGGCAGUGCAACACCGCAAGUUGCGACACCCGCAGUGGCCUGUACGUCGAAGAAAAAAGAAGACUCAAAAGCGAUGCUCAAACCUGCAACUGCGGUAAAAGAGCAAGAUGAGGUGGAACCGAAAAAGGUGGAAUCGGUGCCCGCAGUCAAGCCCACGUUUAUGCCUUUUGCUGUGCGAAAACGAGCCGAGCAACAUCCAGAGAACCGUAGAGUGCAAACUGUUCAAGCUUUAAGGAAAAAGUACCAUGAACAACGGAUGGCUAAAUUGAGAGUCACAGCCUAUAGUAAGCAAACUCGAGCGACCAACAUCAAAAGCAGAUCGGAACCUGAAGACGACGAGGAUCAAGUGGAAGACACAAAGAAGGUUGAACCCCAAACAAAGAAGGAAGAAAUUAGAAAACCCGCACCUGUGAAAAAGAAACUCGUCGAAAAGAAAGCAGUGAAAAAAGCAGCUAAAGGUACUAAGAAAGAAGAGAUUCAGGAAUUGAUCGAUGUUAAGGUAGUCCUUAAUAAGGAUGAUGUUGAGAUGAAAGCUGUAGACACUGAAAAUGAUAAAGCUGCUCCAACCGAACCUACGGAACUCGAUACACCUAGUAAGAAUACACCGAAGGAGGUGCCUAAAACCAGUGUUAAAAGUACCAAAAAGAAGCCAGCAGAAGUAGUUGUAAAGGAAAAACGAACAACUAGACUUUCUGCCUUAAGAAGUCCUCCGCAGCCAGUAGAUCCGCCCGUUAAAAGCCCUACACCUCCCGCUGCUUCACACGAAGAACCAGAAUCAGAACAUCUCGCCACGGAGAAAGAUUUCUCUUCGGACGAUGAUGAACCACUACUGAAAAGAGCAAACGUUAAAAAGAAACAAAAUGUUCGACUAGAACGUCGGAAGGGCCGUAAAUCUGAUCAACUACCAGAUAAAAGCUUAGAAGAAGGAGUACCAGCUGAAAAAAGAACUCGCCGUUCAGAAUCGAUAAGUCGAAAGCCAGAUGUGAGUUCUAAAAAGAUAGAAGCUCCAACAGUAGAACCCACACCAGCAGCUCCGAAAAGGACUCCUCGUGGUAGGAAAACUAAAGGUUCCCCUCAAUCCAAUCCUCCCCCUCCUCCUGCUGCAGAACCUGUGCCUGCUAGUGUCGAAAAGAAAACACCCGUCGCGGAGCCACCGGUAGUAGCAAAAGAGGAAAAAGAUCUUCCGGAGUCCAGUCAAGAAACAAAAGUUUCACCAAAGGUUACUCCAAAGAAGACGGUUGCUAGUGGCAAUGGAAGAAAGAAAAAAACCGAAUCUAGUCCGUUGAAUGCGGAGCCACCGGAUGUGGAGCAAAAGAAGGCUAAAAAGGCUCCAGAGCCGCCAGUGGAGGUUAGUGCUCGACCGAGUCGCAAAACGAAGGAAGCAGCAACGCUCUAUAUGGAGUUGAUUGGACGCCGACUGAACCAUGAUGAUAAAACGGACGACGAUGCUUCUUCGUUGGAUAGCCUUGAACUACCAAAUGUAAGAAAACUCGAGCAAAUGGAAAAUGAACUGAAGGCCAAUGCAGGUAAGAAGGAAACGAAAUCCCAGGCGGUCAAGAAAAAUAGGAAAAAGGAUGAAGAAAAGACCAAUCAGAAACAGGAAAAUUCCAAAGCGAAAGUAGAAAAUAAUGAACCUAAGAAAAAAGGUGAGGCUAAACAGCUGGAAAAAAGUUUCAGUGACUCUGACGAGGAACCGCUGGCCACUAAGUUUCAACGCAAGAAGCAGCAAAUUCGCCAAAAACUAAAAGAAAAAGGUAGAAAGUCGUCACCUAAGAAGACUCCGGCCAAAUCUGCCCCAGUCAAAGAGACCAAAACUGCUGAAUCUGCUAGUGAGGUUAACUUAGCUGACAACAAUCCGGUUGAACCAGUAACUCCCAGUGCCCCGUCACCAGUGAAAGCGUUGGAGCAACAUUCCGGGUCUCCAAGUACGCCAAAACCUACCACACCCGUUAAAACAUCCCCGAAGCUUUCCACCCCCGUGAAAACUUCGAGUCCGAAAGUGUCCACUCCACAGAUGUUAAGUCUUCCACUACAACUCGGUAGCCCAACUGAAGGAAUCCGCUCACCAGGCACCGAUGAUCUGAAUUCAACUCGCCUCAAUAAGUCCCUUGAUAACACAUUCCAAUCCACGGCAGCAGUGGCUGCCGAUCAAAGCCUUUCGCCUACGAAACAAUUCACAGCACCAGCAACCACGGCAUCCCAGCAGCAACCGUUCAUACGCUCCAUCAAACCGAUCGCUGUAAGUUCACCAGAAGCCACUGCAGACAAACCAAUCAGUCAACCAGAAAUUCCCUUCAACCGGAAUGUGAAGAACGAUUUCAAUCUUGACGAAUCUGAUUUUAUGAAAGGAUUCGAUCAAGUGCCCCCAACAUCACCGAUUACUCCAAAAUCCAACUCCCUUUUGGGUAAUCUCCUGCCCAGCAAAGAAGAAUCGGAGAAAAUAUUUGGAAUUGCAAGCGUCAGUUUAGCACAAAGUUCCGGGCCACUGGACACAAAAUGUACACUGGGAAAGUGCGGUUCGGUUCAUAAGCCUCCACUAGGGCCACCGGUCCUAACGGAAUCCCUGCUCGGUGGUCAUCUUUCCCCACGGGAUCGACGGAAAACAAAAGUAAAUAUGACUCACGAACAAAUUCAAAAGUGGAUAGACGAAACCUCGUGGUCUCCGGUGCCGGAUGAUUUAGACGCUGACUUGAAGAUUUUAGAGACGCCGAAGACACCGACGCCAACACCUACACCGCCGGCAGCGGCAGCAUGGGAAAAACUUGUAGAAACCAAGUCGGAGUCGGCUGUCGAAGCUACCGCUGUAGCUACGCCCGUCACACCCACGCCUGCGGUUGCAAAGAAAGACGAGGAAGCAAAACCCACUACACCGCAGCCAAGUGGAAGCAGUUCACGGGGACCAACACUUAAAGCGAAGCCGGUUACCGUUAAACCGGAGAAAGAAACAGAAUCUGAACCUGCAGCGGAAACACCUAAAACGCCGGAAAAGAAACCCUCGAAGGAAGAAAUCAAAGAAGAAACUAAAACCAAACCAGCGACCAAGCUUCGGUCACCUUCGCCACUGAAGAAAGAAGUGAAAAAAGAGACAAGAAAAACCAAAGCAGAUGCUCCGACGGCAACUACUGCGGUGACGACUGCUGUUACGACGGCCACUACGACGAGUGCUACGGCAUCGUCAGCACCGCCCGUAGCCGAUCGUAAACCCAUUUAUAAACAGGGCAGAACUCCCGUUUACAAGCAAGAGGCCUUAAAAUCAGCGAAAGCGGCGCAAGCAUCCAACAAAUUUGGAGCUUUCUCACCAGACAACGAACCUAGUGUGUACUCGUUUGAUAACGACGAUAGUUUCGUCCCGGUGGCCACACCCUUUAGACGGCACAGCAGUCGCCGUGAAUCAUGCAACUCAUCUGCGAGGGACGAGGUACAGGCCCCGGCAUCGAGUGCAGGCUCAAAAAAGCUCGAAACAGCUGUAUCGCCGGACGAAAAGCCUGGCUCAUCUAGUACAGCAUUCCAGAAGCCUGUAAAUUUAAAUACACCGACCAAGUCUGCAGCUGUCAAACCGGCCGUGAGUUUGACACUAAGUCCCGAGGAUGGUGCAAAGUCAGCAGCUAUCGCGGUACCGCUCGACGAACAAUCACAAAAGAGCAAAGAGGAUACAAGCAAAAAAGCAGAAGAAAAGAAAACAACUGCAGAAGACUCGGACGAUGAGGGGCAUACAUUCUACAUUCCACUGCAAGGUCCAAAUACGGCCGGAAGCGGUAAGACCGAUCAGCUUAUUCAAGGUGUAGCAGUUAAGCUGGGUACAGAGGGCCCUGAAGGCCCUAAUCAAAGGGUAAUUAUGCAUGCCAAACUGGUUACUAAGGCUCAAAUGGGUUCUAACACAACCCCGAUCCCGGAGUCGAUGAACGUACAGGAGCUGGUUAAAAGUUUGAUGGCAGCCGGUCCCAGCAUGAGCAAAGAUGGAAUCUCCAAAAUGGUUCCGGUGGGAACUGUUCAACCUCGGUUUAAAUCCAGUGAUUCGGUUUCAACGCGGGACAAGUCUCCGGUAGCACCACCACCGGUGGCAACCACACCCACAGGUCCGACGGUUCCGGAAGAGACGGUACGGGGUAGCGGUCUUUCCCGCAUCAAUUCUAACUCGUCGCUAAGUUCGUCACAGCGUUCAAAACCGGCCAAAGCUGCAGGCAAGGUCAAAUUGGAUACAACACAAGUGCAACCUGCCAACAACACAGCUUUUCCUAGGCGGGAUGAUCCGGCGCAGAUGGUCGAAGCUCCAGUUUUCAAACCGAACGAUAAAGAGUUCCACGACCCGAUCGAGUAUAUCGAGCGAAUUGCUCCGGUAGCUGCUCGGUUCGGUAUUUGUCGAAUCAUUCCACCGGCUAGCUUUAAACCAGAGUGUCGAAUUACGGAUGACAUGCGAUUCAUGGCGUACAAUCAGUACGUUCAUAAGAUGCUCCACCGUUGGGGUCCUAGUGCUAAAGAAUAUGCGGCAAUUAAGAAAUAUUUAGCUACGCAAAGCAUCAACCUGCAGAGUCCACCAUUAAUCGGUGGUAUGGAAGUAGAUUUGCCCAGACUUUAUCACACCGUACAGGAACUGGGUGGCUUGAAGGAGGUCAUCGAAAAAAAGAAGUGGGCUCGAGUGGCUGAGGACAUGUGCAUUCCGAAAGCUGCGCAUGAUCGAGUUUCGAAGCUGGAUGAUAUUUACUGCAAAUAUUUGCUUCCUUACGAUACCCUUUCGCCGGCAGAGCGACAGAAGCUGUUUGAUGAGGUGGAAGCUGACUGGGCCAAGCGGGAAGCCAAAGCUCGACGGAAUGCGGACAAGUGUGUCAGUUCGGAGACACGCAAUAGCGAAGAUUCGGAUGACGAAGAAGAAGAGUCCAAUGAGGAAGAGGACGACGAUGAGUACUCGAUGGAGUGUAUCAUGAAGGGACGUAAUAUGCCGUUGAAUCAGUUCUUCCGGAUAGCCCGGAAUACGAUGUCAUUGUGGUUCAAAAAUUCCGAACCGACGGUGCCAGAAAUUGAAAGCGAAUACUGGCGGCAUGUCGCUGUUAGAGACAGCCACGUUUGUGUCCAUUCUGGUUCGAUUGAUUCCAGUGCGUAUGGUUUCGGUUUCCCUGCUCCGAAGGUCAAAGGCUCAUCAUGUGCGCGGCACCCAUGGAACCUCAAAGUUCUCACCAAUAAUAACAGUUCAAUUCUUCGUUCUCUCGGACCGGUCAUGGGUAUUACAAUUCCCACGCUGCACGUAGGAAUGCUAUUCAGUGCCUGCUGCUGGUAUCGUGAUCCCCAUGGGCUGCCGUGGAUCGAGUACCUACAUACCGGUGCUAGUAAAAUUUGGUACGGAGUUCCGGACGACCAAAACUCAAACUUCCGGGCAGCUCUGACGGCGCUGGUUCCUACGCACUGCCAGAAUAAAACGAUCUGGCUUCCUUGCGAUACAGCAAUGGUACCACCGCACAUGCUAACCGACCGAAACGUAUCGCUGUGUCGGACCGAACAACAACCAGGCCAAUUCGUAGUGGUUUUCCCAAGAGCCUACACCUCUAGUUUAUGCACCGGUUAUGCCGUUUCGGAAAGUGUUUACUUUGCCUCCACGUCAUGGCUCGAUACGGCAAAGGAAGAUUUUCGGGAUAUUCAAGAAAGUUGCGAACCAACCAUGUUUUCUGUGGAACAGCUGGUAUUUUCUAUCGCAAAUGACCAGCGCAGUAAUCACGACACCCUAGUACAGGUACUGCCUAUGAUCAGUGACAUCUACGAAAAAGAGAAGCAACAACGGCAGACUGUGAAGGAUCACGGUGUCACCAAAUCGGAAAAGAUCGAAUCAAAGAAAAAGACUGCCUCGCUGGAAGAGUUCGAAUGCGAUAUCUGUCGGGCCAACCUGUAUUUGUCGCUGAUCCGGGUGAAGAUAAUCAGCGAGGACGAAUCGGUGGACGAUGAAGAUCGCAUCUACUGUUUGAAGCAUGGAAUCAAAUUUCUUUCCGAUAAUCGGCUGCCAGCGAAGUUUUGUCAGCUUGCGUACACUUAUUCGCUGGAAGAUAUCGAAGAACUGCUGCGCAAACUGCAGGAUCGUGUCGCCAACCGAAAGACGUCCAAAGCUGGUGCCGGCAGUAGUGCCGGCGGAGGCGGCCGAGGUAAGUCUUCGCUUCAUCUUGCUUCUACGUCUUCUCAGUCUUCUUCGUCAUAUCAAGCGCCUAGUCACAGUAAAUAUGCCGGAAUGGCAACAAUGCUGAAAUAAGUAUGUAAGCGUGUAUGAAACUGAUGAUGAUUGUGUUAGUCUAAAUUUUAUUUUUGUUUGUGGGUUUUCAAUCAGCUUACUUGAGUCGAGUGCAUUAUCGUGUUCAGUUAUACGAAAAAUGAUGAUUUAAACUAUACUGUAUAUGAAACAUAUUUUGCAUUACGCCACAAAAGGUAGUAUGAUACCUUGCUGUACUAAUUUUGUAUAGUUUUAAGAAAAAUAAUUGUAUAUUUAAACAUGUAACCAGAGAUAAAAUAUAUCGACAAACAGGCAUAAUUGGUUUCCCCUCCCCAAAGGCGUGUCUUUCUAACAGGACCGUUAAGCUGUGCCACACACACAAAAACCCUUCAUAUAAUAUUGCUGUGUUAGUGAUACGUAGCAUCUGUAUCUGUUUAGUGAUAUAUUACAAUUCCGCUGCAUUGUACAAGCUGUGUAUUGCUGAAAAUAUCCAGUAUUAAGAUAAGAAUCACAUACUAAAAUUAACACAAAUCUCUCAAACGAUGGAUUUAGUUACAGAUUGUUUUCGGCGGUAGGAAAUCAGAAGUUUAUAGACGAUUUCAACUAUAAUCAGUAGUCAAACUACACACAUACACAGCACACGCUCCUAACUGUUUGGGAACAAUUAAAUUCUGAAAGUUGAAAUUUAUUCUUCGGAUAAAUUUGAUUGAUUGUAACAUGUUCGCCACACGUUAACUUUCCGGUCCCUAAAAUUGCGAUAUAUGUUUUAGUUUUUUCAAAGGCGAAUAACUAAUCCGUACAAUUAGCGGGUAUAAUACAUACGAUAGGUGAUAUAUAGAAUGUUCUGUAUAUAUGUGUGGUUAACUUUUAAUUUUGCAAUAAUACGUGCAAUCUGUGCAAGUAAAAACGACCACAACAGUGCACACCAAGCUUAAAUGUAAACAAAACUGUUCAGUUUCCAACCAUAUUAUGUACUGAGAAAUGUCUACUUUACAUAUAAAAUUUGGCGAAAGUCGUGAUAGUAGUUUGCGAAAACAGAAAAUAUACCACAAAACGAUUUGCAUUUACCGAAUAGAACCGCAUAAAGAGAUCAUUUUGAACGUUUAAGGCGAUAAAAAUAGGAAUUCAUAAUAAAAUAUCAGCGUUUCCGUAAGACAGAUGAGAGCAAGCACGUAAUUGGAGACACUUCUCGCAGAUUAUAUAUUGAGAUGGUAUAAUAUAUCGACAGAUUUAAAACACUAGAAAGUAUAAAUAAA